GAAAACCCUAGCCCAAUCACCACUAUAAAUACUCCCAACACGUUACUAGGUUUAUCACACCCUUUGCUCAGCAGGCUGCUUAGGGUUUUCAUCGCUCUCUUAUCAGAUUUAUUUCAGAUCUAUUGUCAAAACCAUGGGUAAAGAAAAGAUUCACAUCAGCAUCGUGGUCAUCGGCCAUGUCGAUUCCGGCAAGUCGACCACCACCGGACAUCUGAUCUACAAGCUUGGAGGUAUCGACAAGCGUGUGAUCGAAAGAUUCGAGAAGGAAGCAGCUGAAAUGAACAAGAGGUCGUUCAAAUACGCAUGGGUGCUCGACAAGCUUAAAGCCGAGCGUGAGCGUGGUAUUACCAUCGAUAUCGCCUUGUGGAAAUUCGAGACCACCAAAUACUACUGCACUGUCAUUGAUGCUCCUGGACAUCGUGACUUUAUUAAGAACAUGAUUACAGGUACCUCGCAGGCUGACUGUGCUGUUUUGAUCAUUGAUUCGACCACUGGUGGGUUCGAAGCUGGUAUUUCUAAGGAUGGGCAGACUCGUGAGCAUGCUCUUCUUGCUUUUACCCUUGGUGUCAAGCAAAUGAUCUGCUGCUGCAACAAGAUGGAUGCUACUACUCCUAAGUACUCUAAGGGUAGGUAUGAGGAAAUUGUCAAGGAGGUUUCCUCAUACCUCAAGAAGGUUGGAUACAACCCCGACAAAAUUCCAUUUGUCCCCAUUUCUGGAUUUGAAGGUGACAAUAUGAUUGAGAGGUCAACUAACCUUGAUUGGUACAAGGGUCCAACCCUACUUGAUGCUCUUGACAUGAUCAAUGAGCCAAAGAGGCCCUCAGACAAGCCUCUCCGUCUCCCACUUCAGGAUGUUUACAAGAUUGGUGGUAUUGGAACUGUGCCUGUGGGUCGUGUUGAGACUGGUGUCAUCAAGCCUGGUGUGGUUGUCACUUUUGGUCCCACUGGAUUGACAACUGAAGUCAAGUCAGUUGAGAUGCAUCACGAGUCUCUACUUGAGGCCCUCCCCGGUGACAAUGUCGGUUUCAAUGUUAAGAAUGUGGCCGUCAAGGAUCUUAAGAGAGGUUUCGUUGCAUCAAACUCCAAGGAUGACCCUGCCAAGGAGGCUGCCAACUUCACAUCUCAGGUCAUUAUCAUGAACCACCCUGGUCAGAUCGGAAACGGAUAUGCUCCAGUUUUGGAUUGCCACACCUCCCACAUUGCUGUCAAGUUCUCUGAGAUUUUGACCAAGAUCGAUCGCCGUUCGGGUAAGGAGAUUGAGAAGGAGCCUAAGUUUUUGAAGAAUGGAGAUGCUGGUAUGGUUAAGAUGAUUCCCACCAAGCCCAUGGUUGUGGAGACCUUCGCUGAGUACCCACCAUUGGGUCGUUUUGCUGUUAGGGAUAUGCGACAGACUGUUGCAGUUGGUGUUAUCAAGAGUGUUGAGAAGAAGGAUCCAAGUGGUGCCAAGGUCACCAAGUCUGCAGCCAAGAAGAAGUGAGACCUUUGUCUAUCUUUUAUAAUGUUCAGUUAUUAGCUUUACUUGUUUAUGUAUACAUUCUCUAGUUGCUGCCCAUGUCUGGUUUUGUGGGUUUUUGUUGGUAUGUUUUUUUAAAACAUGCUUUAAGACGGUUUUUGAUUAGGUUCUCGUAUAUUUGAGGUUUACUUUGUUUUCCUGUCCGUCUCGUUUCUUAUAGAUCUAUCAUUCAACUCCUUUUCACAA